CGUACUGCUCCUUCAACAGCUGUCAAGUAAGGGACGCAGCCGCCAGCUAGCGCUAUGUUAUCGCGAUCCAGAUGUGUAUACCGGACGCUUGGUCGUUCUCUGUCGGCGGUGAGCCAGGCCAAUAACGUGCAAAGUGUAUCAGGCCUCUCUGUCUGCAGCCGGCUAGUUUACAGGAAUUCUCAGCUAUGUGAAUUUCCAUCAUCAGAGAAUGUCGUCCACAUCAGAUACUUCAAGACAUCUGCGGUUCACAGGGAUGAGGUAGUCACAGUCAAAACUCCUGCAUUUGCAGAAUCUGUUACAGAGGGGGAUGUGAGGUGGGAGAAAGCGGUGGGCGAUUCCGUGGCAGAAGAUGAAGUGGUGUGUGAAAUUGAGACUGACAAGACCUCCGUACAAGUCCCCUCUCCAGCAGCUGGUUUAAUUGAGGAACUGCUGGUGCCUGAUGGAGGGAAGGUAGAAGGAGGGACGCCCCUCUUCAAACUCCGGAAAGGAGCUGCUGCUGCCAAAGCUGCUCCCUCCCCAGCUGCAGAGGAACCAGCUGCAGUGGCUGCAGCCCCACCACCACCUCCAUCACCUCCAGCUUCAGCCCCCACUGCCAUGCCUCCAGUGCCACCACAGGCUGCCCAAGCCAAACCUGUUUCUGCUGUCAAGCCCACUGCUGCAGCUCCAGCUCCUCCAACAGCAGGAGGCAGAGGAGAAAACAGGGUGAAGAUGAACCGUAUGAGGUUGAGGAUCGCCCAGAGGCUAAAGGAGGCUCAGAACACCUGCGCCAUGUUGACCACCUUCAACGAGGUGGACAUGAGCAACAUUCAGGGGAUGAGGACAAUGCAUAAGGACGCUUUCUUAAAGAAGCACAACAUCAAACUGGGUUUUAUGUCAGCUUUUGUGAAGGCUACAGCACACGCUCUGACUGACCAACCUGCUGUCAAUGCCGUUAUUGAUGAUACAACCAAAGAGAUUGUCUACAGGGAUUAUGUAGAUAUCAGCGUUGCUGUGGCAACUCCAAAGGGGCUUGUCGUACCAGUGAUCCGUAAUGUUGAGACCAUGAACUUCGCUGACAUCGAGAAAGCCAUUAAUGCAUUGGGAGAAAAGGCUCGUAAAAAUGAGCUUGCUGUUGAAGAUAUGGAUGGAGGCACCUUCACCAUCAGCAACGGUGGCGUGUUCGGCUCCUUGUUUGGCACACCCAUCAUCAACCCCCCACAAUCUGCCAUCCUGGGCAUGCAUGGCAUCUUCGACCGACCGGUGGCCAUCAAUGGCAAGGUUGAGAUCCGGCCCAUGAUGUAUGUGGCACUAACAUACGACCACCGACUCGUUGACGGCAGAGAAGCGGUCACUUUCUUACGCAAGAUCAAAGCGGUGGUGGAAGAUCCACGGGUGUUGCUUCUGGACAUGUGAUGAUGUUUCUGCCAGCACAUUACUCUCAUUUAAAGAUCACUCGGCAGCAUAAAAUGAACUCCACGUCACAAAAAAAUGCACAAGUCGCACAAAAUCAGCUACACAGCUACUGUUGUCUUUUUAACGGUUUAGUCAGACUGCAGAGGGACUUUGAGGUUGUGUUCCAACACUCAUAUGGAGCUUAAAUAUGCGGCGUUAUCUGUAGAGAGUAACUGUAAGUAUCUGCAAUCCUAGGAAUAUGCUUAAAAUGGUCCUUGGCUAAAUCAACAAAACAAAAAGAUUGCUUGCCAUCUUCUAUCCGUAAUUGUUUUGCUACAUUUGAAUUCAGCAAAGAGACAAGUCAUAUUUACAUUACACAUCCUAGAACAACAAUUGGCUUAAAAUGUUAAAGAUAACUCACAUAUGGGUGUGUUAUACUCAUGUGCUCUUCAGAUGGACAUAUGAAGCAGUAGAUAAGCACUCGCUGCAUCCUUGUCACAGUUGUGUAAUUAUGAAACAAAAUGGUUUUUCCAGGCAACAUUUGGCUGCAUGACUUUCCCCCCUGCCACUUUUUCCACAGCGGGGCCAAGCAGAGCUCACUCAGAUUAGUUCAAGAUGUUUUUAAUGUUAACACAGGAUUGAAAGAUUUGAUGGUUUGCUGCUAGUGUGUUUGGAGGUGAUUCAAUUCCGUUAUAUUCCUGCUUCAGACGGUCAUCCAUGUCCUGUCUUUUUUUAAAGUUGUUUUAAACAUGCCUUGCUGUUGUCGGGCAGAUUCUUUGACCAUCAAAAUCUAAAAAUGUUACUUCAUGGGCAAUAUAUUGGGAGUAACGUUCAAAACGCACAAUUUGGCAGCAGGUUUUUAUGUUGAGCUCUGAUGGAAGAGAUUUUCAUUGUGUUAUCCUAUAUAUAAAAUACUGGUAUCUAUUUAAAGAAACAAUUUAAACAUUAAACAUCUCAAGAGCUUUAUGUACUGAAACUUGUCUUGCACAUUUACUUCACAAACUUUGUACAUACUUGCUGUAUUACCAUUAGUCUAACCAUGAUUUACUAGAUCUGAAACGAUUAGUUGAUUAAUUUUCCAUCAACUGACUAAUCCAUUAAAAUGCAGCUAUUUUGAUUUGACGUUUUAA